GCGCUGUCCGCACACACCUCCCGCUCUGACACCGGGCCUGAAACAGAAAUAGACAGGCCUGCAGGUGGUAGUGACUGAGGAGGUGUAAUUUUCCACUACGACCCGGGUAAUCGGCGGCGGUGCUGCAACAGCUCCUCUCCUGCGUUAACUCGGUGAUCGGUGUAUGUGUGUUUGUGAACCAGCGCUUAAGAUCUGCAGCAGACCUCCGCUCGCUGCGCUGAACCAACACUGGGACACUGUGAUCGUUAGCCGGUGAGCUAACGAGCCAACUAACUAAGUAACCUCCAGCCAGUCCUGCGCUCUGAGUAUACACCCUCAGGAGCUCACCGGCCCGGUUAACCGAUUAUAAAACACCCGAAAGAUCACACGAGGGGAGCCGAGGCCGCCGGCGAGGGAAGACUGUCUGCAGGAGAGGAAUAAUGGACUUCCUUGCUGGCUGCAUAGGAGGUGCUGCUGGGGUCCUAGUGGGACAUCCAUUUGACACUGUAAAGGUCAGACUCCAAGUGCAGAGUGCAGACAAGCCUCUCUACAAGGGAACCAUACACUGUUUCCAGUCUAUUAUACGUCAGGAAUCACUGCUGGGGCUUUACAAAGGCAUUGGUUCUCCUAUGAUGGGCCUCACUUUCAUCAAUGCCAUUGUCUUUGGUGUGCAAGGAAACACCAUGCGUCUGCUGGGCAAAGACACACCGCUGAACCAGUUCCUGGCAGGAGCAGCUGCUGGGUCUAUCCAAAGCGUCAUUUGCUGUCCCAUGGAGCUGGCCAAGACACGCAUGCAGAUGCAAGGUACUGGUGAGAAGAAGUCAUCGACUCGCAAGGUCUACAAAAACUCCCUGGAUUGCCUGGCUCGCAUAUACCAGCGCGAGGGUCUGAGAGGCAUCAACAGGGGCAUGGUCACCACCCUCAUCCGUGAGACCCCAGGCUUUGGAGUGUACUUUCUCGCUUAUGAUGUGCUCACACGCUCACUAGGCUGCGAGCCAGAGGACCCCUACAUGAUCCCUAAACUACUGUUUGCUGGCGGCAUGUCGGGCAUCGCUUCGUGGCUUUCCACAUACCCUGUUGACGUGAUUAAGUCUCGACUGCAGGCAGAUGGGGUUGGGGGCAAGUACCAGUACAGCAGUAUUAUGGAUUGCACACGGAAGAGCAUAGAGCGGGAGGGCUUGCGAGUGUUCACGCGUGGCCUGACAUCCACUCUGCUCCGAGCAUUCCCUGUGAACGCAGCCACUUUUGCUACCGUUACACUGUUUCUCAUGUAUGUACGUCAAGAUGAGGAGCCUAAAGACUGUGAACCUGCUCCUCAACACCAUACUGCGUUACAGCAGCAAGCACAGCCGUCCAGCCUGUGACGUGGUUGUGACCGUCAGCGAGACUGGUGUGAAUAUUGAUUCUUGGGAGGCAUUGUGGCAUCUGUUACUAAGAAGUUUCAAGUUUAAACAGUUAUAAACUUCUGCCCUCUGUUAAAGAAAUGACAUAUCCAGUCUGUAAACCUAUGUAUGUGUGUAUGCUUGUGCAGUGUAAAACUGCAUUUGUACAUAUUUUAUUGUAUGAUGUAAAUGGGAGAAAAAAAAGGUUUUAAGCAAAAAUAUUUGCUCAUUUUGAUUGUAUGUACAUAUUAAUUUUCCCUGCCUUACAAGAACACCAGUUAAAUUAAAAGAAAGUACGUUGGUGGGAAUCUAAUUUUAAUACCACUGUCUGCAAGAGUCAGUUCUGCCUCUGCCCUUUUUUCACAGCAGAAAAAGUACAUGUGCUGCUGCUAUUGAUAUUGGUAUUGCACACUGCAGCUAAGAGGCAUGAAUUACUGUAGCAUUGGAUGUAACCAAAUAACUUCAUCUCAUCUUGUUACUGGAUGCAUUGCUGGAAAGGUAAUAAAUAACACACUACCUCGUCAUAUACAGUGGUUCAUAAUCCAGAUUUCAAAAAUGCACUAUUGGUUGCUUCCUUGUAAAAUGAAAUGGAAUUGCGCGUGUGUAUAUAUAAAUAAGAAAACUACACCUUUCCUUCCUGUUGUGUAAAAUGUUUUACAGAUAUUCUAUCUGUAUAAAAGCACAGAUCAGAAGAAAAUAUGUUUAAUUAUAUUUUAAAGACGUCCAAGCUGGCCUCCAAAUUUUGUGUUGCUCAGUUUCAACAAAAGUAUUAAAAAUACUGAAAGAAAACUGACCGUGAACCAAGUUCUGUCAUUUAAUGCACGUGAAUGAGUAAAGGGUUUGUAAAGCUUAAGAACCCUUAUCUUAUCCUGGCAGUAGUUGCACAGACUAUCUUUUACUAUUCAAAAUGAAUGCAUUUUUGUAUAGUCUGCAUUAUUUAAACUUGAGACUUGUGAUCUCUUUAGAUAACCAUGGUCACUGUGGUAUCGGCACAUUCACUUUGAAUCAGUACGAAAUUAAGAUGACCUAUGUGUUACAGGCAGAAAUGUACCAGUCAAGUACUUAAUCCCAGCCAUGAUGUAUAACAUACAUUGUUUUUCAUACUUUAUCUGUGAAUAAUAAAGAUAACUCAUUGUGUUUAGAAGAAGGGAAGUUAUAUGUUUGUCUGAAGAUUGUUUAAGAAGGGAUUAGAGUGUGGGAAGAAAUGUAAAUGGAUUUGGACUUUUUGUGGAAAAGUAUUAACAGAAAUGGAAUCCCAUGACAAUCAUGGCUGCUAGUAGAAACUGCAUUAUAGUGGGUAAUUAGACACCUUAUAAUGCACUUUGAGAAGGUCAAAGUCUGCUGUAUGUAAACCUCUGAUGAGGUGAUUACUUGUAUCCUGUACAUCACGUACAUAUUAUGUAUUCCAUUAAAACACAAGCUUUAGAGAGUUUUUCUUGGUACCUGGUUAGGGUUCUGAAAUGAAUGUUAAGUAAACAGCUCUUUAGAUGUAGCUUUAGGGUUGUUUUUUAUAUGAGGUAGUUCUUUUCCUGCUGUAAAAGAAAUGUUAACUGUACUAGAAUGCCUCUUAUUUUUAUAAUAAAAAGAUGGCUUACAGCAUUGACUAUUGUUUUUUUUUUGUAAAGUGUAGUUGAACUAAGUAAUGUAUGGUGCAUCUAAAAUCAAAUACAAUGUGAAAAUAAAGAGAAAUGACAACUAUUUUAGUGCAAACUCUUAGAUGCUCUGCCUUGUACAUGUGUUCAUUAUGCUGUUUAUUUCCUUCAUUAGGCAAAGUGUUUAUUUUUAUUGUUUAAUAUUCAAUUACUAUUAACAGUAGUCAUAGAGAGGAAGUUGAAUCCAGACUUUGGUAAAGUUUAGAUAAAUC